UCAGAAGCCAUAGUAGAGGCAGAAGUCCGGCAUGGUCAGCUGGCUCGCUACCACUCUGUGACAUGCAACCACAUUAUUAUGUGGAUGCACACUGUAUUAUUAUUUACUCAUGGCAUCCAUCCAUCCAUCCAUCCAUCCCGACUGCCCCUCUACCUGAGUUUUUCGGUGAAGUCAUUGAGCUUAAUUUCGACCUUGGUUUGGCCGUUGUACAUGCCCUGCACAACAAGAGGAAGAAGAAGAGGAGAGGGUUGAAAUUGAAGUUCCCCCCAUCUAUUCAUGAAUUGGCAUGGUAUUUUGCGUGACGGCUGCAGGGAGAGACGUACCUUGACGAUGUACCCGCCGCUUUUGGCCCACAGCUCGAAGAGAAUCGAUGACGCGAAGGGAGGCUAAGGAUGGGACACGCCACUCAGGCAAAGCCUGGUCUGUCUGUCUGUCUGUCUGUCCAUGUGUGUGUCUCUGGUGUGUCUCCCUUUGACUUACCUCUACACCGUCCCACCAGCCAAGCAUCCGGAGGUAGCCAGACUGCAUGAGAGCAAACAGACGAACCCAUGGGACCCAACCUCAGCUGGCCGCCUGCCGCGCACCAGGUUCAUGUCGUGGCUGCUGAGCAGGAUGAGCUUGAGCGUCUCAAAGAUGCCGGCGGCCUCGCGAAGGCCGGUAUGCUGAUUGGUCCAACACACACGCCGCACAUGCAUGCACACGUAAGAGCUCGUGUCUCUUCGGCAGCUGGACUACAUACCUCAGCGGCGACAGCCUGCUUCCCUUGGCGGAGAGCGGCCUGGUACAUGGCAGCGUCCUUGGUGUGGGUGGCGUAAUGCAUCCCUGCUUUGGCCUCCAGCACGGUCGCCAUCGUAUUGAAUAGCAGCGAAGACGCCACCGUGGCAAUCUUGGGGUCCGCGAAAAUCUGCAUAUAUUCACCAAUGGCUUUUUGCUUGUUGAUUCAUCCACAUGUAUGUGACUUGCCAUCGAGAAUGCGUCAUCGUUGGCGUGAAGGAUCCGCCUACACGGAAGACCGAAGCUUUCUAAUCUCUUGUCUCUCUUAUCCUCUUCACUUGAGGGUUUCGCGGUCUGUGGUGAAGAGGCCCCGUCCGUCGGCGAUCCCGGCCAUCACACCAUCGCCCACCAAACUCAGUACACUGCACACACACAGAGACACACAGAGAGAGGGAGAGAGAGGGCGACGGCGGUUUGGGAAGAUAUACACGGCCUUGAGUCUGCCCUGCAGCCGUGAAUGUUUCCAUCGAGCCUCAUACCGAUAGCAGUCUUCGCCUGGUUUGAGUGUUCGCUCGAGCUGCUUCAUGACCUUGCUGCAAAUCCUCGCGUACAUCUCGCUUAGGGCUGGCCAGGACUUGCCGUGGAGGUAGUCCGGUUGCUUGAGGCUGUAGAGGAUCUCCGGUUUGAACAUGAUAUCAUGCUCGCGCUUCUCCCUGUUGUUGUGGAAUGGCACCGAGGGGUGGACUUGCGGCCACAAAGUCUCGCGGAAGGUGUCGCAGGCGCGCUUGUUCUCACCUUAUAGCCACACAAAGGGAGGGAGGAGAAUGCAUUCUCUCUCGAGGGCUGGCUGGCUUCGACCUUCUCACCCUGCAGAAUCCAAUCCUGCCCGCGGUCGAUGGUGUGGACGGGAAUGUGAUAAUGGCCAGCGGGAGCCGGAUCUUGCAGCAGGUCAUCCAGCAGGAGCUGCCUAUUCGAGGAGUCGUCAAGGAUCCUCUGCAGCAUGUUCGGUGUCUCUCGCUCGUGCACGUCGCGCCAGCCGGUCAGCUCGUACACUUGCUCAGCAUAGGCCGGGGAUUUCUUCGUGUGCUUGUAGAAUGCUUCCACCAUCAGCCUCUAGCGCUCCUUCAGAUUGAUUGAGCAUUCGUUGCCCCCGGUGUGUGGGUAGAUGCCCUGCACGUGGCAGUCGGCACUCUUGAUCGUGCGGGGGACAUCUGUGGAACGGACGAAGAUCUCUCCCUACAACGAUGCACAUCAACGGAGAGAAGGUUCCCAACUGAUGACCUGACAGCACGUACCGGGGUGUAUUCUGCACUGAUCAGCUUGUGUUGGUCCACAAAGCGCACGCGCAGAAUGCGCCCCAGCAAGGUGUGCUGAGCAAUUGCAGCACACGCACCCAGUCAGAGCAUUUGGCUGGCGAGAGUGCUUCCCGCGAGUCGCUACUACCUGGAGCCUCCCAAGGUUGGUAAGAAUCCCGACGCGGCCCUCGUCGCCUCCCUCCCAAGUCGGAAGCUUGUUUUCGGGCAACUCCCCCUACAUUGUGUGCAUCAGCCACACACAGAUGCACGUCGACUUGAUCCCAUUGCUCCAGCAUCCGCACCCAGCGUACGUACGUCAAAGAAGACCUCAGGACUGCGGCUGCCAUGGCUGUCGAAUGACAUACAUACAUAAUUAAAGGGCCUUGACGUGUCUCUCCGCUUUCGUUUGGACACCCGCGUACCGGAAGACCUCCAAAGCAAAGAGCAGUUGCUCACCUGCGUGUAUGCAGACAAGGACUUGAUGUUCAAUUAUCACGCGGCAGUGACAUCCAGAGAGAGAGAGAGAGAGAGACGGGGGGGCUCGGUUCGUACCGUGCUGGCCGGACAAUGAUGCAACAUCCGAGGUGUCAUUCAGCGCCUCCAGGGCCGCAUGGCCGCGGUCGGCGUGCCUCUUUCCGUUCUCCCAAGCGUGCUCCUCAUAGGCAGUGCAAGUCACUGCAGCAUAGCAUUGCAGUUAAUCGUUGCAUGGUGCUGCCUGUGUGCGUUGCAUGCAGUCUCACCGCCAAAGAUGACAAGCAAGAGAAGAAGGCUUCCCAU